UUUCCACACGUUGUCUUAUCCUAAGUUCACUUACAGACGAACUUGCUCGCACAUGCUGUUGGCUUGUUGCCGCUCUUUUCCUCCUUCUGUUUAGUUAGCAGCAUCCCCUGCAUCUCUUUCUUAUAACCAUAACUAACAUUAAAAUAACCAGAACCCACCAUUUCUUUUUUCUGCUCCAAUUGAUUAAGGUUGUAUGUGGGAGUUGAGAUACUGAAAUAUGGCACAAGCUGCACGUUCAUUAUGUUUUUCCCAUGAUAAAAGUGUCCAAGUUCCAUGUAGAACAUCAGGUCUUACUAGUAAUGAAAGAUUUCACAGGAGGCAAGUAGCACAUUUUCAUGGCAUAAUGCUAGUGAAAAUUCAAUCCAGUGGCAGAAAGGCAAGAUACUCCCAGUUAAAUAAGUCAAAUCCGAAUUAUUCUGCAUCAGAUUUAAGAUGUUCAAAUCAGCUGUCAAGAAGGAAAGAUAGGAAUUUCUCAUCCUGUAGCUGCAAUAGAAGAAGACCUAAGGCAGAAGAGGCAUUUGCAUUUCUGGUGCCAACCAUAUCAAAUGUCUUAAAAGAAUGGAGCCAGUCAAAAAUUGUGAAAGUAGUUGGACUGCUUGCAUGUGCAUACUUGGUGAUUCCAUCAGCUAGUGCUGUUGAUGCUCUAAAAACAUGCACUUGCUUAUUGAAGGAGUGCAGGAUAGAACUUGCUAAGUGCAUUGCCAACCCAUCAUGUGCUGCAAAUAUUGCUUGCCUCCAGACCUGCAAUGAUCGGCCAGAUGAGACUGAAUGCCAGAUUAAAUGUGGGGACCUCUUUGAAAACAGUGUUGUAGAUGAAUUCAACGAGUGUGCUGUCUCACGCAAGAAGUGUGUACCUCAGAAAUCUGAUAUAGGGGAAUUUCCUGUCCCCAGCCCUGCUGUUCUUGUCAAAAACUUCAAUAUUGCUGAUUUCAGCGGGAAAUGGUUCAUAAGUAGUGGCUUAAAUCCUACCUUUGACACUUUUGACUGUCAAUUACACGAAUUUCAUACAGAAGCUGGCAAACUCGUGGGGAAUUUGUCUUGGAGAAUAGGAACACCAGAUGGUGGCUUUUUCACUCGAUCUACUUUGCAGAGAUUUGUGCAAGAUCCAAACUACCCUGGGAUUCUUUACAAUCAUGACAAUGAGUACCUUCACUACCAAGAUGACUGGUAUAUUAUAUCAUCCAAAAUAGAGAACAAACAGGAUGAUUAUAUAUUUGUAUAUUACCAGGGUAGGAAUGAUGCAUGGGAUGGAUAUGGCGGUGCUGUUGUCUACACAAGAAGUGACGUUUUGCCUGAAAGCAUUGUACCUGAACUUGAAAAGGCAGCUAAAAACGUAGGGCGAGACUUCAACAAAUUUAUCAGAACAGAUAAUACUUGUGGGCCAGAGCCUCCCCUUGUAGAAAGACUUGAAAAGAAAGUAGAGGAAGGGGAGCAGACCCUCAUAAGGGAAGUCAAAGAGAUAGAAGGGGAGGUAGAGAAGGAGGUAAAGAGGGUUGAGAAGACUGAGAUGACCUUGUUCCAGAAGUUGGCAGAAGGUUUCAAAGAGCUACAACAAGAUGAAGAAAACUUCUUAAGAGGGCUAAGUAAAGAAGAGAUGGGUCUGUUGAACGAGUUAAAAAUGGAAGCAAGCGAGGUAGAGAAACUCUUCAGUGAAGCACUACCACUUAGGAAACUGAGAUAGGUUUCACAAGUUCAACAGUUAGAUUACAAUUUUUGGGAAACUGUAAAGCUUAUUUCGCAAUAAUUCACAUGGAUGCUGGUCGAGUUGAACAGAAUAUUUCUUUCAGCUUUUCUAUUUCAACAAUCACUUCUUUUUCGGCUGCAGAUGUAAUGUAAAGUCCUCUUUACGUUGUAUGUCGUGUUUUCCUUUUAUCUUUUAUUUUCAGAUAUAUGCAAAAACUAGGAGGGGAUAUUUUUUCA